AGAUGACGGUACGGAAAACGAAGCCUGCGUUUCCAACAAGUUUGUUAACGAUGGCAGUUUCCUCCAGCAGUUUCUCAAGCUGCAGAAGGAAAAGUCAAGUGCUGAACCUCCCCCAAGUUCUACUAAUAACCCGGCAAACACUUCUGCGCCGCAUGUCGGGAAGAGACCUUUGCUGUUUGGGAAGCGCCCGGGCCAGGUCCUGAGCAGCAUGCUGCACCAAGCGAAGAUCUACGCCCGUUCCAAACAGACCCCAGUCGUUAACCGCCUCAGUGUGUUUCAGUCGCCGGACGAAGAGGAGGAGGAAGAUUAUGAGCAGUGGUUGGAGAUUAAAGUUUUACCCCCAGAGGAUGCGGAGACCCGACAGGUGGCGGAAAAGCUGGCUAGGUUCGUGGCUGAAGGGGGACCUCAGUUAGAGAAGCUCGCUAUGGAGGACUACAAGGAGAACCCUGCCUUCUCGUUUUUGCAUGAUAAGAACAGCAGAGCAUUCCUUUACUACCGAAAGAAAGUGGCGCAGAUAAGAAAGGAGAAUCAGAGCUCUCCUGCAUCCUCUUCUCAGAAAGACGACGAAGAGAUAAAGAACUCUGCUGAGAAACUGGCCAGGUUCGUGGCAGACGGGGGUCCCGAGGUGGAAGCUAUUGCCGUGCAGAACAACCGGGAGAACCAUGCUCUCAGGUUUUUGUAUGAGCCGAACAGCAAAGGCUACAGGUAUUACCGGCAGAAACUGGAGGAGUUCCGUAAGGCCAAGAGCAGCACGGAGUGUGCCCCCUCACCUGCGGAGCCCAGUCUGCAAAGGAAGACCAGUCCCGAGGCGUCACCCUCACCAUCGGGCUUGUCGCCUUUGCCCUUGCCUGUUCCCUCGCCUUUGCCCCUGCCCUUGCCCGUUCCCUCCACCUUGCCCUUGCCCGUUCCCUCGUCCGUCCCCUCACCUUUGCCCUUGCCCGUUCCCUCGUCCUUGCCCUCGCCUUCCCCGUCAUCCUCUACGACCCCACCUGAUCAGACGGCCACAACUGCGGCAACAACCCCCACGGCUACGGGCACCGCCAAAAAGAAGCGGAAGAGCAGAUGGGGGCCCGAGGAGGAGAAGGUUGAAUUGCCCCUCCCACAGCUUGUCCAGCAGCUGGAUUCUCCCUCCCCUCUCUCAGGUCAGUGGGUCUGUAUUGCGCCGAAGAGCUGGUUUUCCCGCGGAGUGCCUCUGCUGUGGCGCAGCUCGCUUUGCGGACAAGCCCGGCCGCUGUCACCUCCGUGGGUACCAGCCCCUCUCAGCGUGGUCAAGCAGCUGACCCUGCCCUGUGCAGAAACCCAGAUAAACCCCAUCAUCUGGCUGACCCCGGGGGUUGGAUCCCGUUUUCCAGCUCUCUCAGACCCUGCUGCGUGA